AAUGGAGCCUGCCAUGUUUGAAACUUUGAAUUUUGUUAUAUACAAAGUUUGAAACUCUGACUUGUGUGUUGGCCACAUGUCAAGAUCUUGAAUAUUAAAGAAGUUAAGGAAAAAGAAUAAAGUUGCAAUUCUAUUUAUAGAACCUUAACUAAGCCAUUUAAGCUAAACUAGUUUCUGUUCUACCACCUUCACAAGGUAGGGGUUAAAUUUGUGCAACUACUGUCCUCCCUAUUCGUUUCGUAGUUGUUGUUACUGUUAUAGUUUCUGUUCUAAACUUAUUAACAACUUGAACUUCGUUUCACAGCAUAAGAAUGGAGAAUGACGAGGUGAUUCUAUUGAAUUUUUGGCCUAGUAUGUUUGGAAUGAGAGUAAGGGUUGCACUAGCUGAAAAGGAGAUCAAAUAUGAAUACAAGGAAGAAGACUUGUUUACUGCUAAAAGUCCUUUGCUUCUGAAGAUGAAUCCAAUCCACAAGAAAAUCCCAGUUUUAAUUCACAAUGGAAAAACUGUUUGUGAAUCUCUUAUUGCAGUUGAAUAUAUUGAUGAGGUGUGGAAUGACAAAGCUCCAUUGUUACCCUCUGAUCCUUAUGAGAGAGCACAAGCUAGGUUCUGGGCUGAUUACACUGACAAGUUGUAUGAUUAUGGGAGAAAAAUAUGGGCAACCAAAAGAGAGGAGUUUGAGGGAGUUACGAAGGACUUGAUAGAUCCACUCAAGUUACUAGAGCUGGAAGUAUUGGGAGACAAGCCUUACUUUGGAGGGGAAAGCUUUGGUUUUGUGGAUAUUGCCUUGAUUGGAUUCUACUGCUGGUUUUAUACAUAUGAGAACGUUGGCAACUUCAGCAUAGAGGCCGAGUGCCCGAAACUUGCUGCUUGGGGAAAGAGAUGCAUGCAGAGGGAGAGUGUCUCCAAAUCGGUGCCCGACCCUCAUAAGAUUUAUGAGGUACUACUAGAAUUUAGAAAGAAUUAUGGAGUAGAAUAAACAUAUUAAUGUGCUUCAGAAUUGGAGUAUGAGUAGAUCUAUUUUCUAGGAAUAAAGACAAUCGCCAAGCGCUGGCUUGUGGAGUCUCAGUAUUGUUUAUGUAAUAAAGUGACUAUUUCAAAGUAAAGUCCUAUUUUAUGUCAUCAGGAUAUGAAUAAUGUCAACAUAUAUGUUGUUUUUCCUUUUCAUAAAUUGUUGAAAGACAGGGGCUGAGUCAAUAUCUUGCCUUAUACCUCUUCAA